AUGGGGGACUGGAGCGUGCCCAUUGGCGCGCUGGGCGAAGAGGUGGUGGCUCGGCUGUGUGAGCUCCUGGAUAACGCGGGCCGGGGCUGGCGCAGGCUGGCUGAGCUGGCCGGGGCUGAGAAACGCUUCAAGUGCAGCGCGGAGGAGCUGGAGAUGUGCUCGCUGAAGGUGCUGGAGCCCCGCGGCAGCCCCACGCAGUGCCUGCUGCAGCUCCUGGCCGAGCGCGACUGCACCCUCAAGUACCUGCUGGGCUGCCUGGAGCAGAUGGGGCACACAAAGGCCUGCCGGGUCCUCAGCGCCGCCGUCCAGGACAUGAUCCGCAUCACGGUGCAGCCGGAGUCACAGGUGGUGGCAGAGGGGACACGGGUGUCUCUGACCUGCUGUGCCACCGGCCCGCCGGGGCUCGUGUACCAGUGGUUCUGCGGGAAGCGGGAGGUGCCUGGAGCCACGUCCCCGGAGCUGGUGAUCGACACGGCUGCCCCCUCGGGCCAGCCCCAGUGGUACAUCUGCCGGGUGAGCUGUGGGGCCACCUUCGCCUUCUCCAGGUGGGCCCACGUCCAGGUGGAGAGGAGCAGCAGCCCCAGCUCAGCCAGUGACUACUGCCCGAGCAUGGCAGGGCUGCAGAUCCUGCGGCAGCCACGGCCGUGCCGCCUGGCCGAGGGGGACACGCUGGCCCUGGAGUGCAGAGCCAUCGGCAACCCCCCGCCCCAGUACCAGUGGUUCAGGAACCGACGUCCUGUGGAGGGGGCUCAGGCACCCCAGCUCCAGGUGAAGCUGGUGACGACGGCUGAGCGGGGCAGCUACUGCUGCCGAGUGUUCAACCUCUUCCACGAGGUGUGGAGCCAGGAGGUAGAUGUGGAGAUCGGCCCACGGCUCUUCACCUCUGGAGGCUCCUGGCAGGAAGGAGAUGGAGGCUUCCCAGAGUGUGGCAGUCCCGGCCAGUUGUAUGCCACGGACAAAGUGGCGCUGCUGAUCGGCAACAUGCACUACCUGCACCACAAGCAGCUGCAGGCGCCCAUGGUGGACGUCCACGCCCUCAGUGCCCUCCUCCGCCAGCUCGACUUCAAGGUGGUCUCGCUGCUGGAUCUGUGCAAGGCUGAGAUGCAGAUGGCUGUCAACGAGUUCCUCCUCCUCCUCGACAAGGGCGUUUAUGGUUUGCUCUACUACGCCGGGCACGGCUAUGAAAAUUUUGGCAACAGCUUCAUGGUGCCCAUCGACGCGCCCAGUGCCUACACGUCGGCGCACUGCCUGUGCGUGCAGCGGGUGCUGCGGGCGAUGCAGGAGCGCCGCACCGGCCUCAACACCUUCCUGCUCGACAUGUGCCGCAAGAGGAACCUCAACGACGAUGUCAUCCCGCAGGUCGGGGCGCUGGAGGUCACGGCCAAUAUCGUCUUUGGUUAUGCCACGUGUGCGGAUGCCGAAGCCUAUGAGCUGAGCCAGGGCGAGCUCUCCAACGGCAUCUUCGUCACCUUCCUCAAGCGCUGGCUGCUGGAGGACGAGAAGAUCACUGUGCUGCUGGACAAGGUGGCCGAGGACAUGGGCACGCUGGAGAUCACGAGGGGCCGGCAGGCGCUGGAGCUUCGCAGCAACCUCUCGGAGAGACGAGCUCUGACGGACCCCAUCCGCCCCCCGGGCCAGGACGAGACCUCUGCCAGGAACCUGCAGUGGGCCAAGGCUCAUGUGCUACCGGAGAGCCGGCACCUCCGCUUCGACUGCGGCGUCACCGUCCAGCUGGGCUUCGCCGCCGAGUUCUCCAACAUCAUGAUCAUCUACACGCGCGUGGUGGCCGCCCCCAAGGACGUCACCAAGUGCGAGGCCAGGCUCACUGACAUCCCCGAGGAGCUGGAUGUGGACCUCAAGUGCACCAACAAGGAGAGCCCGGAGGAGGUGGGCAGCCCCCUGGCACCUGUCUGGAGCCUCGGCUGCCCCUCCUGCUGCCUCUACAGCCGGAUCUGUGGCUUGCAGAAGCUGCGGCAGGAGCUGGCCUUCACCGUGUGCCUGCAGUACCGCUACCGGGGCAUGGACGACUUCGUGGAGGAGCGGCAGCGGGUGAGCGUGGGGCGGCCGCUCAUCGCCAAGCUCAACCUGCAGCGGGCGGCCUCGCCCUCCCCGCCCCGCAGCCCCCUCUCCUCCUCCCCCUCUGGGAGCUGGGGGGCAACAGGCAGCUCGUGGGUCAACACCCCUGAGGAGAACCUGAGCCCUGAUGUCCCCAGCUCCCACACCCUGUAG